AUGGCAUUCCACAUGUUCCAGAAAAAGCAAAAGUGUGGGAACCUAAAACAGAUCGGUGGGCUCGAGCCAUCAGCCAGAGCCAGGAAGCCCAGGCUCGAACUCCGGGACAGCGAGAUGGACUCAGUGGCCUUUGAGGAUGUGACUGUGAACUUCACCCUGGAGGAGUGGGCUCUUCUGAAUCCUUCCCAGAAGAAACUCUACAGAGAUGUGAUGCAGGAAACCUUCAGGAACCUGGCCUCAGUAGACAAAUGGGAAGAUCGUAACAGUAAAAGUCUGUAUGAACAUGAGACAAAUCGAAGGCACAUGCUCUCCCACACUGGCCACAAACUGUACGAGUACCAGGAAUACGAAGAGAAGCCUUAUAAGUGUAAGGAGUGUGGGAAGGCCUUCAAACAUCGCCAGUCCAUCCGCGUACACGUCAGGACUCACACCGGCGAGAAACCUUACAAGUGCCAGCACUGUGGGAAAGCCUUCAAGCACUGCCAGUCCAUUCGCAAGCAUGAAAGGAUCCACACCGGCGAAAAGCCCUACGCGUGCAAACAGUGCGGAGAAACGUUCCGGUAUCGCCACAACUUCCAGAAACACGAGCGGACGCACACCGGAGAGCAGCCCUACAGGUGUAAGCACUGUGGGAAAGCCCUCAGUUGUCUCAGCUACUGCCGGGUUCACGAGCGAACUCACACCGGCGAGAAACCGUACGAGUGUAAGCAAUGUGGGAAAGCCUUCAGUUACGCCAGUUACAUCCGAAUACACGAGAGAACUCACACCGGAGAGAAGCCCUAUGAGUGCAAGAAGUGUGGGAAAGCCUUUAGUUGCCCAAAUUACUUUCGAAAACAUGAGAAAACGCACACCGGGGAGAAACCCUACGAGUGUAAGCAGUGCGGUAAAGGCUUCAGCUGCCCUAGAUCCUUCCGCAGUCACGAGAAGAGACACCGGGGCGAGAAGCCGUACGAAUGUAAGAUAUGCGGUAAAACCUACAGCUGCCCCGUGUACUUUCGAAACCAUGAAAGGAGACACAGCGGGGAGAAGUCCUAUGAAUGCAAAAUCUGUGGGAAGUCCUUCAGUUGUCCCAAGUAUUUUCGAAAACACGAGAGAAGUCACACGGGCGAGGAACCCUGUGAAUGUAACGACUGUGAGAACGUUCCCGUGAGUCCUCUCGCGAUAUUUCAAAGACACGUGAUGAAGGCCACCGGAGACGGACCUUACAAGUGUAAGGAGUGCGGGAAGGUCUUCGACUGCCCCAAUUACUUUCGAUGUCACGAAAAGAUCCACAGUGGAGAAAAGCCAUACGGAUGUAAGGAGUGUGGCAAAGCCUUCAGUUCCUCCAUGUCCCUUCAAAACCACGAAAGAAGUCAUAGUAGGAAAAAACCUCAUGAAUGUAAGGAAUGUGGCAAAGCCUUCAGUUUUCCCUGUUCCCUCCAGAAACACGAAAGAAGCCACACCGGGGAGAAACCCUAUGAAUGUAAACAGUGUGGGAAAGCCUUCACUUACCUCAGUUCUAUGCAAAAACACGAAAGAACUCACAGUGGAGAGAAACCGUAUGAAUGUAAGCAGUGUGGGAAAGCCUUCAUUUAUCUCAGUUCUAUGCAAAAGCACGAAAGGACCCACAGUGGAGAGAAGCCGUACGAAUGUAAGCAGUGCGGGAAAGCCUUCAUCACUCUCUCAAACGUUCAAAGGCACAUGAUAAAGCACACCGGAGAUGGACCUUGUAAAUGUAAGGAGUGUGGGAAGGCCUUCGACUGUCCUAGUUCGUUGCGAACACACGAACGGACUCACACCGGGGAGAAACCCUAUCAGUGUAAACAUUGUGGUAAAGCCUUUACUCGUUCCAGUUCUCUACGAAACCACGCGAGAACUCAUAGCGGAGCGGAGCCGUAUGAAUGUAAGGAACGUGCGAAAGCCUUCGGUUCCAGUUCUUUCUGAACACACGAGAUCACUCACACUGGAGAGAAACGCUCUGUGCACAAAUAA